GCCUCCAUUUGACGGUAAUGACCGGAAGUGAUGUAUUAAAAGCGGGACACAUGUGCCGUGCGGCGGAAGUAGCGGUAGAAAAGUUUAGUGGUGUUGCCCACAGCUGCUGCAUCGUGGGAACUGGGAGAUGGGGAAACAGAAGAAAGCAAGGAAAUAUGCUGCCAUGAAACGCAUGAUCAGCCUUCGUGAUCAGCGCAUUAAAGAGAAAGACAGAGCAAAACCUAAAGAAAAGAAGAAAGAAGAUCUCAGUGCAAUCAAGGAGACAGAAGUCCCCAAAUAUCCUUCAUGCUUAUUCUUCCAAUAUAACACACAACUAGGACCUCCAUAUUAUAUCUUAGUAGAUACCAAUUUUAUUAAUUUUUCCAUUAAAGCCAAAUUGGAUCUAGUACAAUCAAUGAUGGAUUGCCUCUAUGCCAAAUGCAUUCCUUGUAUCACAGAUUGUGUCAUGGCUGAAAUUGAGAAACUGGGACAGAAGUAUCGUGUAGCUUUAAGGAUAGCAAAAGAUCCACGAUUUGAGCGCUUGCCUUGUACUCACAAAGGAACCUAUGCAGAUGACUGCUUGGUACAGAGGGUCACCCAGCACAAAUGUUACAUAGUGGCUACUGUAGACAGAGACCUGAAGCGAAGAAUACGAAAGAUCCCAGGAGUCCCAAUAAUGUAUAUAUCUAAUCACAGGUAUAACAUUGAGCGGAUGCCUGAUGAUUAUGGAGCUCCUCGAUUUUAAAUAUGAUAAAAAAAGUGCUAUGUUGAAUUCCAGAACACUGAGCCAGUUAUAAUGUACUUCCAAUCUGGGUUUAUUUCUUAUGGUGCUUGGAAUUUGAACUAAUUAAUUAGACAAGUCUCUUCCAGAUAAAAUGGACAUUCUAUUCCAUAUUCUGGAUCUAGAAUAAACAUUACUUGUAAAUAAGCUUCUGAGAAUUUCUUCUUUACUAUUAAGAAAUUUUCUCAUGAUACAGCCAUUUUACAAAUGUUUAAUAUUCAUAUAUGAACUGUGAAGUGAGUGUUUCAACAGGAUUGAUGCAAAAAAUCAGACACUUUCUUAAAAUUAUCAAAACACUCAAUAUUUUGAAAUUUGUACAAAGAAACCUCUAUUCCAUACAUAUAUGAUUAUUUAAUAUAAGUGGAAAAUUAGAAACGUUGAUCCUGGCAUUAAUUCUAACUGACAUGAAGCCAAUUUAAUCUGUAUGUAAAUAAAAUUUUUCAAACCUAA